GUAGAGUUUGGGUGCAGCUCCAUCAGAGAAGGAAGCGCGGAGUUUCCGGCUGUUUGCAGCGGAGGGAGAGGAUUGCUGACGCCGCGAAACCCCGAGAAAAACGCCGCCGGCUCGGGGGGCUUGCAGGUUUUUUUCCCCCAGUAUCCAGUAGUGGUUGGGUUAUCUUUCGUAUCCAGAGAUCUGGGGGGUUAUUUUAUCAUCUUUGGAGCCGAGGGAAGCGGACAGCAAAGCGGCAGAAGGCGGGGGUGAGCCACCAGCUACCGGCAUGGCCAGGGACUACGAUUACCUCUUCAAGCUGCUCAUCAUCGGGGACAGCGGAGUGGGGAAGAGCAGUCUCCUCCUGCGAUUUGCAGACAACACAUUUUCAGGUAGCUAUAUCACCACGAUCGGCGUGGACUUUAAGAUCCGGACGGUGGAGAUCAACGGGGAGAAGGUGAAGCUACAGAUCUGGGAUACAGCAGGGCAGGAGCGCUUCCGCACCAUCACCUCCACAUAUUACAGGGGGACGCAUGGGGUCAUAGUGGUUUAUGACGUCACAAGUGCAGAGUCCUUCGUCAACGUCAAACGAUGGCUACAUGAAAUCAACCAGAACUGCGACGACGUGUGCCGAAUAUUAGUGGGAAACAAAAACGACGACCCCAACUCCAAGGUGGUCGAGACGACUGACGCGCAGAAGUUUGCCGAGCAGAUGGGGAUCAACCUGUUUGAGACGAGCGCAAAGGAGAACAUCAACGUUGAAGAGAUGUUCAACUGCAUCACGGAGCUAGUGCUAAGGGCCAAGAAGGAGGUGCUCGCCAAGCAGCAGCAGCAGCAACAGAACGACGUGGUCAAACUCACCCGGAACAGUAAACGAAAGAAAAAGUGCUGCUAGCAAACUCGAAAGCCAUCCACGAGAGGCCGGCAGCGUCUUUUUCUUCACACACGCACACACACACACAAGAUGGGACUCAGAGCAUCUAAAUUAAAGAGCAGAUUAAGAUUUAAUAAAUAUACGGUGAAAGAUUAAAAAAAAAAAAAAAAAAGAAUGGAAAAAAUGUCCCGUUUGGACAAAACUAAUCACGAAGACUUUGGAGAAAAAAAAAAAGUGUACAGAUUUUAUUAGAGGUCAAAUCAAGUUUUAUUUGGAAUUCAGCAGAUGGGCACUAUGACCUGGGGUCCUCCUCUCUUAAAGGAUCUGCAAGCCGACAACUGACCGCCAUAAUGCUCCGAUUUAUAUCCACACAACCCCCCCACUCAGUAUCUCAUCUCUCCUUCUCAUUCCACUGCACACGGGACAUUCAGAGUCGAGUCAGACUCUGCGCCUGACGAGAAGGAGGGUUCACCUUUUUUUUUCUGGAUUUAUUUGUUUCUUUUCCGGGUUUUUUUGGGGGGUGGUGGUGGUUGGUCGGGAGGUGUAUUUUUGGAACGGGUGUCUGAGGUCCCACCACCUCUUUACAGUUCAAACAUUUCAGACCCCUAUGUAACCAGAGAGAUCAUGAACUGCUAGAUUUUGUUUUAUUUGAGUUGUUGGGGGUAAAAAAAAAAAAAAAAAUCACAGAUGAAAAUGACGAUUAUGAAGAUUGGUAAAUGACCUUUAGCAACUAAUCCGAUGGACAGAACUGGUGACCUUUUCACGUUUUGUUUUUUCUUUGUCUAUAUUUGCCAAGCUUCCCCCAUCCUCCACCCGCCUCUAACCUCCAAUCGUGCUGAGCCAACAAGAAUUGAUUUUAUUAUUCUGUCUUCUUUUUUUCUUUUUUUUUUUUUAAAAGUGCGACAGAGCAGUUGAACCGCUCCUGGAGCUCUGAAAGCACCGUUCACUGCAGUCUUACUACUCUUUCGGAGUUUGCUUUUAAAUCUUUUUCCUCCACCUCUGAAAAAAAAAAAAAAAAAACAAAAAAAAAAACAAUGAUACUGCCAAUAUUCUAGUAAAAAAAAAUUGUUAGGAGCUCAAUGGUGCCCCUCAUUCUGGACUGUUGCCAUAGUGACGCCUGGUUGGCCAUGGGGCAGAGUGAAUCAGGAUCUGAUGGGACCCUGUUGAGUCCUCAGGAAGUGCUCAGGGCCGCCCUCCCUCCCUCUCCCUAACCCCCACACACACACACACACACACACACACACAUAUCAGCACCUCUCACAGCAACAGACUCACCUGCUGCACAUUUGGUUCAUCAAGGAGGAGCGAGGAGGCUCUUACUCUGGAAACUCUCUCGUGGUCGUCGCGGUAACCUCCGAUCCAUAGCGGACCAUUGUUUUUCAGCAUGUAACACUUUGUUUGAAGGGGGCUUGUUAAAAGGUUAUACCUGACACGCAUUUUUUACACUGUCGAGGAUUUUACUGUAUUCUUCUCAGCUUGCAGAACAUUCUUAAUAGUUGACAAAUGUUAAAGUCUGAUGUCACGCUUUUCUUUCAGCUUUUAAACCUGUCACACCUCCCCCCCUCCCUCCUCCUCCCGCUACCUGUUCAAAUGAAGUGUUACCUGACAGUGUUUAAGGCCUCCUUGGUGAGAGUGUGGCGGCCAGUGGGACUGUUAAUGUGAGAACAAAUGGAGACGGACUGCAGAACUGGAUCCCAGUGUGUUCUGGCACCUGAGCUCUAUCUCUCUCUCUCUGUGUGUGUGCACCGCCAGGGUUUGUCAGAGGCCGAAGCGUCUGUUACUGACAUGUUUUUCUUUAUUUUUGAUUUGGGAGAGUAAUGAACGUAGAGAGAGCCGAGAUUCUGUUUGGAUGCGUUUCGUUUUUCGUCCUCUGAGCAGACUCUGGCAACCGUUUUUUGGGGAUCCAGUCACUGUGACCUCCAGGGCCUAGGAAUGGUAUCAAAUCCCACAUUUCUAUUCAUUACGUGUAUGUAUAUAUAAAUAUAUUUGUGUGUUUAUAUUCAGUAUAGAACAUACACACAUGAUUAGCACACCAAACUGUGCAUGUGUAGAAACAUGCCCCGUGUGCUAUGGUGGAAACACACACACACACUCGUCAGAUGUGGUUUGCUGUACACUGGAGAAAAAGAGAUGUACUAUUCAUUUUUUUUUCCCUACAUGAAUUUAAUCAGUAAUAAACGUUUUAAAGGAAUAAAUAUUUGACACAUAAUGACUGAUCUCAUGUGUCAGUGAUUUUGAGGCUUGGUCUUAACAUCAUUUUAAACCUGUGUCUUUAUUUUAUUUUUUGCUUUCUGUGAAUAAAAUUGUACGAGAGGAAGUGUGUAUUCGUCUUUGAAAGCGUCUUGCUGCUGUCUGUCUUUGGUGUUACAUCAAGAGUUAAUCUUGUUUUAUGAAAGGAAUUCAAGUUUUAAAAAGAAACUUAUCAACCAUGGUC